UGCAAUGAUGGUAAAUGCAUCCUCAAGUGGGUGUGUAAUUAUCAAAAAGAUUGCGAGGGUGGUGAAGAUGCACAGCAAUCGCCACCCCCUGAAUGUGAGCCGGGUCAAAUAAGUUGCGGCCAAUAUGUGUUUAAUAAAACUUAUUGUAUACCACCGCAUUUUCGUUGUGAUAUGAUAGAAAAUUGUGGCAAAUCGGAUGAGGCACAGUGCACAUAUAGAAAAUGUCAAAUAACCGAUGUAUUUUGUAAUCAACCUGGUGGUCUAGCUCCCUCUGAUGGCAGCCGUCUGUCCGGCCCCAAAGAGAAACGUUGUGAUGGCUAUUUAGAUUGUCGCAAUGGUCGUGAUGAGGAGAAUUGUAGGGGUACUGCCUGUCGUUUGGAUCAAUUUCAUUGUGCCCAUGGUUUAAAGUGUAUUAGUGCUUGACUCAAGUGCAAUCACAAAGAUGACUGUGGUGAUAAUUCUGAUGAACUUACUACUGCGUUUCCUUGCAUCAUUUUAGAUUCUCUACCUUGUCAUCAUGAUCAAUUCCGUUGUACAAACGCAUUAUGUAUACCCUCGAAUUUUUAUUGUGAUGGUUAUCGUGACUAUGCUGAUGAAAGUGAUGAAGCCAAUUGUAUUGCCGUAAUAUGUCCUGAUAAUAAGUUCCUUUGUCCACGCGGUGGUGCUAAUGGGAUACCGAAAUGCAAUCUUCUACGGUCUCUACAAAACAGUUGCACAUUUCUAUGUAAAUUUCAUUGUAAAAUACAUUAUUUAUAUGCGUAUGUAUGUGUCUAUUACAUCACUAUUUCCUGCCCGGCCUUAACCUGUGAAUAUAAAUGUGGUCCCUCAUUAACGGGAGGUAUCUGUUACUUUCGUCCUGACCGAUCUUUGGCUCCUAACAAUCGUACUUGUGUAAAUUUAGAUGAAUGUGCAGAAUGGGAUCAUUGUGAACAAUUGUGUACGAAUGCCGAAGGCUCCUAUUCCUGUUCCUGUAGUCACGGUUAUACAUUAAUCGAAAAUGCUAACUGUAUAGCAAUGGAUGAUAAUAACUUACAAUUGAUUGCUCAUAAUCGUGCAGUGGUUAAGAUGUCGGCCCAUGGCAGGAUAGCUAAUGCUAGUGCUGCCUCAGGUGUGGCCUAUCGUUAUCAAAGGAAUACCCUGUACUGGUCAGAUAUUAAGACAUAUACAACCAUUAAAUCUUACCUUACCCGGUACCUGUGCCCCCGUUGCCCUGGCUGUAGAUUGGAUCUCACCACUGGUUUAAAGUUUGUGGCCGAUGGUGGCCAAGUUUUAAGAGCUCAUAUGGAAUGUACUUUUGGUCAUUGUAUACCUGUCAACUUCUGUUGUGAUCAGAAAAAUGAUUGCGGUGAUAAUUCCGAUGAAUUUGAAUGUGGCAAUGUUACUUGUGGUGCCGCACAGUUUGCCUGUGCUAAUUGCCGUUAUAUACCCAUUAUGUGGAAGUGUGAUAGUGAAAAUGAUUGCAGUGAUGGCUCCGAUGAGGGUGAUUUUUGCGAUGAAAAAACUUGUGCCUACUUCCAAUUCACUUGUCACGCACUGGUUACCGUAAACCUCAAAGUUGGGUGUGAUGAUGAUUGUUUCGAUAUAACAAGAUGA